ACCGACGAGCAGGUGCGGGCGCUGGCGGUACUGUCGCGGGUCGGCGGCGCGCUGUCGCUGGCCGCAGUGCUGCUCGUGUUUGCCGCCUACGCGAUGUUCGGCCGGCUGCGCACCGUGCCCAACACUUUCCUCUUGUUCGCGUCGGCCGCCAGCGCCGGCGCCUCCGUCGCCUGCCUCAUCGCCUACGACGGCGUCUGGAGCGGCCAGGCCGGCGCGCUGUGCCAGGCGCAGGGCUUCCUGUUUGAGAUGUUCGUGCAGUCGGACCCCUGGUGGUCGCUGGCCAUGGCCGUCAACGUCACGCUCGUCUUGUAUAGGGGCGCGAACACGCACACGGUCAUGCGGUGGGGGUGGCUCUACUGCGCCGUCUGCUACGGAGGCCCCUUUAUGGCGGCCCUGGUGUGUCUGAUGCUGCGAGACGCGGACAAGACGGCCGUGUACGGA